AUUGGCUUGCCCCUCUGUCAGACCUCACCACCUCAUCAUCUCCCGCCAUGCUCCUUCCUCUUCCUAUUCAUCAUUCCUCAUCCUACCUUCCUGGAAGAAAAAGAGCUUUGUUCAACAUCAUUCAGUGUUCUAUCACAAUGGAAUAUCUUAAGAGGCUGAUAGGUCGAGAAACGACAGCGGCGAGCUCCGACCCUCAACCGACAAGCUCCAAAUCCCCGCAGCCGCUCAUCAUGGCGGAUCCACUGUUGUGUUCACGUAGUGAAACCGUGAGGAAGCUUGCUACAAUACUUGACGAGGAACAGGUGGUCCAUGUGAGAGGAACACCAGCCUCCGGCAAGUCUACCCUCGCCAAACUUCUCCACAGUCACAACAGGCAGAACCACAUACCAUCAGUCUUGAUAGUAGGUUGGCCUCAGACGAAGAACUCCGCGCACACCAACAUCUACAUCAACAUCCUCGUCCAGCACGCAAGAGAUGCCGGCUUAACUUCCGUGACUCCAGACACUAUCAGGGAUACAGAUGUUACCUUUCUCAUCGACGAGGCACAGAUGUCCUAUGAAGAUUAUGGGCUAUGGUUAGACUUUAUCAAGACCCAGAAUGGCCGCCGAUAUGGACCCAGAAUCUGCUUGUUUACGUCCUACGGCAGCCCCUCUGAGGGACCAGACAAUUACCCCACUGGUAGCCCACUUACAUACCUGGGGGUCCAACAGCGAAUAUCUAUCACUCCAUCGAAGAUUAGAGGCUCUCCACAGAUUAGUCUCUUCUACACCCGGAGCGAAUUUGAUGACGUUGUACAACGGAUAUGUACGGACGAUCGGCGUCCGGUCCCGCUUCAUCAUGACGCAGCGGAUUAUAUUUUCUCUCUGACUAACGGUCACCCCGGUGCGGUUUACAGUGUGCUCGACAUGAUUUAUCAGGUCUACCGGUCGAAAAUCAAACAUGGGAAAAUCAGUGAGGUGGGAAAGGAUCAUAUAAUAACAAUGUUAGAUAACGAAGAAGAGUCUUUCCGCAUUCUUGGGCAAUCAGUGGUGAAACGGUCUUUUGUAGACCGACGAAGGCUCAGUCACCAUGCAGCGGACACUCUCCGAGAAGUCUUGAAGAAUGGAAGCGUUCAACGUGACCUUAGCAAUGACGGCAUUAGGAAUUGUUAUGAAUCUGGAUGGUUGCACUCGGAACCGCUUGAUGCCGAUGCGAGCAGUAUUGUUUGUGUAUUUCCAACAAGACUACAUGCCAAAUACGUUGAACAUUAUCUAACCGCUUCUUCGGUGCCCUUCCCCAUACAGAGAUACCCCACCAUUGGAGAUCUGUCGGAAGCAGCACUAAGGCGAUUUUCGCUACGAAAUCUCUCCUCUAUAACACGAGUAGGCACUGGGGCCGUUGUCCGGCCCGUUGAAGCUUGUUAUCAAGACGAAUUUUAUCGAUGUUUACAUGAGGUUCUUGGGUUCUCGUCAAACGUCUCCAGUGAAUGGUCUGGCGGUGGCAAUGGCCGCAUUGACUUCAGAAUUGCUGACCUCGCAUGGGGUAUUGAAUUGUUACGAGAUGGAGAUAGAUUGGACGCCCACUGCUCCCGAUUUGUAGACAACGGAAGUUACACUCGGUGGAUCGAGCAAGGCGAAUUGCGUGACUGGUUGAUCAUAGACUGCCGGACUUCACCUCCUCGCCCUUACAAUGUACCGGGUACGAAGCUUUGGAGGGCUGUGUUUGCGGUGGACUUCUCUUCCAUUGAAGUCUUGGAUGCUUCCAACAAUGUGGUCAUUCCUCGGUUCCCGUUGAUGUCUUAGCUCCACUACUUGUUUAUCCAAGGAAACCGUGCGUUGUAUUCUUUGUUGAUCAAUGGGUAUUAUUAUAUUCUGACGACACUCUUCUUGAAACAAUCCUUUUAUAUCCGUCUUACUGUCUUGUUAGUUAUAUACUUAAUAAGAAGAGAAACCCCAAGUCACGCAAGUCACAAUAUGAAAACCUCCGAUGGACAUAGUUUAGAUACAGCUUGCUUAUGUGGUAUUGCGUCUACAGUGUAGUCCGAAAUGCUAGACAAAGCUGCGAAUAUCAGAGGACAUGGCACAUGCUGGCGCCUCG